CCCAGAGCUUAAGCCGCCGGGGCAGCUUCCGCACGCCCCACUGCAAGCCUGGCCGACCGCACAGUCCUCAAUCGUCCGCCUCCCUCUCCGCGCCCUCCGACCGCCCGCCGACCGGCAGAGCCACCCGCCCUCUCGUCGUCUCGUGUUCCCCCCGCGGCCCGGACACAUAGUAUGACCUUUGGGUGUUUCGUCUCCCGGCCAUUUUCUAUGGAAAACCAACAGGAUCGGAGCAUGAAAGCUUCCGGCAGCUUUGAAGAAUGGGACGCCUUUAGAGAAGCUUGAUCUUGGAGGCCUCAGCGUGAGACCUUCCAAAGCCGGAUUCCGGCAGAGUUCCUCUAUCUCGUCUUGACGCUGGUUGAAGGUGUCCCCUUCUCCAACUUUUCUUCAUUUCCUGGAAGACUGCAGAAAAUCGGCAUCAUGGUUGGGUUCAAGGCCACAGAUGUGCCCCCUACUGCCACUGUGAAGUUCCUGGGGGCUGGCACAGCUGCCUGCAUUGCAGAUCUCAUCACCUUUCCCCUGGAUACUGCCAAAGUCCGGCUGCAGAUCCAAGGAGAAAAGCAGGGGGCAGUGCGAGCUGCAGCCAGUGUCCAAUACCGCGGUGUGCUGGGCACCAUCCUCACCAUGGCGCGCACCGAGGGUCCCCGCAGCCUCUACAAUGGGCUGGUCGCCGGCCUGCAGCGACAGAUGAGCUUUGCCUCUGUCCGCAUCGGCCUCUACGACUCUGUCAAGCAGUUCUACACCAAGGGCUCUGAGCAUGCCGGCAUCGGGAGCCGCCUCCUGGCAGGCAGCACCACCGGUGCCCUGGCUGUGGCUGUGGCCCAGCCCACGGAUGUGGUAAAGGUCCGGUUCCAGGCUCAGGCCCGGGCUGGAGGUGGCCAGAGAUACCAAAGUACUGUUGAUGCCUACAAGACCAUUGCCCGAGAGGAAGGGUUCCGGGGACUCUGGAAAGGAACCUCUCCCAAUAUUGCCCGUAAUGCAAUUGUGAACUGUACUGAAUUGGUGACCUACGACCUAAUCAAGGAUGCCCUCCUGAAGGCCAACCUCAUGACAGAUGACCUUCCUUGCCACUUCACUUCUGCCUUCGGGGCAGGUUUCUGCACCACCAUCAUUGCCUCCCCUGUCGACGUAGUCAAGACGAGAUACAUGAACUCUGCCCUUGGCCAGUACAGCAGCGCUGGCCGCUGUGCCCUCACCAUGCUCCAGAAGGAGGGUCCCCGAGCCUUCUACAAAGGGUUCAUGCCCUCCUUCCUCCGUUUGGGUUCCUGGAACGUGGUGAUGUUCGUCACCUAUGAGCAGCUGAAACGGGCCCUCACGGCUGCCUGCACUUCCCGGGAGGCUCCCUUUUGAGCCUCUCCUGCUGCCAACCUGACCUCCUAGCUUGGCUUCAGCUCCAGCCAGGCCCUCCUUUUCCUCUUCCCCUCCUCCCCUCCCCUCACUCUCCACCCCUUCCUCCUCCCAUUUCUACCAUCUCCCUUUUCUCUCCCCACAUUGUUACCUCUCCUCCCUACCUCCCCCCCUCCUCCCCAUUGCCUCUCAGUCCUGGUGGAGUUGACCCCAGUUGACACUCUGAAGGCCUGUCACCAACCAGGAUCCCAAACCCCUCAGUCCCUUGAAAAGUUCAGCCCAUCUCUUUAUCUUGUUCCCAAGCGAAGCCAGCAUAUCACCCAUAAAGCAAGCUCAAUCUUG